CGGGCACUUUGUUGUAAUCACAGAGUGAUGCAAGAUGGCGGCUCGAUUAUGAAAAUAGAAGGUCCUUGGACCUAUUUCGGCAGCUUGCAACAUUUCUGUGUUGCUUUUAGUGUGGUAGGUGGAAUGAUACGAGGGUAGAAGAGUCAUGGAUCCUAUGUGCAGCCUGUUUGGGGACGAAAGCGAGCCCAGGUCGGAGAAAAAGAAGCGGCGGCCCUCCAGACCAACCAGCCUGGACCUUAGGCCCCGGCUCCCGCCUGAGGUUGAAGAAGGCAAUGUUGAGUACAAGCUGAAGUUGCUGAAUCCAUCUCCGUCACGGUUUGAGCACCUGGUGACCCAGAUGAAAUGGCGGCUGCAGGAGGGCGGUGGGGAGGCCAUCUAUGAGAUUGGGGUGGAGGACAGCGGGAUGAUGGCAGGCCUCACCGAGGACGAGCUCAAACGGUCCCUCUAUACCCUCAACAGGAUGGCAGAGAAACUUGGUGCUACCACUUCAAUUCUAAGAGAGAGGGACAUUGAAGGUGACGAGGAAAUUCGCAAGGCAGCAGAGGUGCUGGUUAGGAAAGUGCCUGAUGAUCAGCAAUUCCUAGACCUGCGCUUGGCUGUUCUGGGGAAUGUGGAUGCAGGAAAGAGUACUCUGCUGGGUGUUCUGACUCAGGGGGAGUUGGACAACGGGCGGGGUCGAGCCAGGCUCAACAUGUUCAGACAUCUGCAUGAGAUCCAGUCAGGCAGGACCUCUAGCAUUGGACAUGAGAUUCUGGGUUUCGACAGUCAUGGAAAUGUCAUCAACUACAAUGAGAAUCGCACAGCAGCUGAAAUCUGUGAGAGUGCAUCCAAACUGAUCACCUUUAUUGACCUUGCGGGUCACCAGAAGUACCUCAAAACCACCAUAUUUGGGCUGACAGGCUAUAACCCUGACUACACUAUGCUGGUCAUCAGUGCUAACACUGGGAUAGUUGGGAUGACCAAGGAGCAUCUUGGUCUGGCACUAGCCCUAAAGCUUCCCAUUUUCAUCGUCAUCAGCAAGACUGACCUGUGCUCUGCAGCGGUGACAGAACGCACACUGAAACAGGUGGAGCGAGUGCUGAAGUCUCCUGGCUGUAACAGGAUACCCCUCAGGAUAGAGAAUGAGGACGAUGCCAUCACUGCUGCUGCUAACUUUAACACUGACAGAAUAACCCCCAUCUUCAGAAUAUCAAGUGUAAGUGGUGAGAACCUGGACUUGCUGCGACGGUUCCUGAACGUGCUGCCCCCUCCACACUCAGGCAAGGAGCAGGAGCAACUCAUGCAGGAGCUUACAGAAUACCAGGUUGAUGAGAUGUACACUGUGCCAGGGGCUGGGACUGUGGUGGGAGGGACACUGUACAGGGGAGUGGCACGGGAGGGAGACAGCCUGCUUAUAGGGCCUAACGAGGCUGGUAGCUUCCUCCCUGUUUCAGUCAACACUGUCCACAGAAACAGGGCACCCUGCAGAGUGGUCAAAGCAGGCCAGACGGCAACUCUAGCUCUUGGAGAUGUGGACAGGACUGUUCUCAGAAAGGGCAUGGUGCUGCUGAGCCCUGAGCUGCAGCCUGUGUCGUGUCUGGAGUUUGAGGCAGAGGUCCUGCUGCUGUUCCACACAACCUACAUCUGUAAGGGCUUCCAGACUACCGUCCAUGUGGGGAACGUCUGCCAGACAGCCAUCAUUGAUGAAGUGGAGGAUGGUUACAUCACCAUCAAUCAGAAGAGAAACAUGCGCUUCAGGUUUGUCAAACAUCCAGAGUACCUGCGGGAGGGCACCAGGCUGCUGUUCAGGGAGGGCAGGACUAAAGGUAUUGGUACUGUCACCAAGGUAUUCCCGUACACACCCGUGGACAGGUGAAUCUGAACACCUGCAUUAUUGGGAGGAUUGAGAUAAAUCCCAGUAAGAUAUUGACUUUAGAGUAUUACAUGAAUGCAUUCAUCUAGCAUGUUUUUAUCCAACUUUGUAGGCAAUGGCAUAGUAUCAAAUACUGUAUAAUGUACUGUCAGUAUUAAGGUCUUGGCUGUAGAGAAUUUAGAUCUACGGGUAGGAAUGCUUGCUCUGCAUUAUACCUACCGUGUACUUAAAUCUAUUUAGAUGCUGAUGAUUCAAUUAUAGUAAUAGGGAAAAUAAAAGUUGUCAAAUGAAAGUUAUUGAACAUGCAUCAAACUAUAGCAAAACUAUUGGGAUGUGGUCUUGGUGUAAACCUUUUUCUGCAGUUGACAAAAAGUUGUUGGUACUUCUAAGCUGCUGUGUUUUAUCAUAGAAAAUGUCCUUACCGGUAUAUGUAUUUGUAAAAUAUUUUAUUGCACAAAUCAUUGUUGAGUUUUACAUUCUUUUGAAAUUAUCAUUUUAUAAAAAUGUAUAGCUGGCCUAGCUGAUUUCAUUGAAAGAUUGAAACGUAUUAUGUUGUACUUAAUGAGAAAAUUUAUAGAAAUGUAUUAAGUAUUUCUCAUGAGAAAUGUAUAAAAUGCCACUCAUUAGUUUCAUGGUACAGCAUCUAUCUAGUCAGCAAUUGUAAAUGUUACAUGGGUAAAUUCUAUGUAUAUUAGUUCACUGUACAAUCAUGGCAUCCCCCGAAGUUUUGAUGUGAUUUUAUAGGUACUACAUGUUGUAAAUCGGUCAUAUGUUAUUUUGCUCAUAAUGGUCGAUUUCCAUGAUGAUGUGUUUUAUCAACAGACUUCUGUUUGGAGCUGUUCCAAAUAGAUUUGACAUGUAGUGGAUGAUAUCCAACAUUAACUGGGAAGAUUUUAGCCAGUGUGUGUUGAAUUGGGUUUUUGAUGGGUGUGUUAUUAACUGGUUUCCCCUCAGGAAAUAUGUUGUAAUCCUGAUGGUUUCUGAUGAGUGUUUUAGUGCAUGUUGCAUUUAUAUUACAACAGCUCUUAUUGUACAUUGCUACAUUGUAUGUGUACCUUGUAUAUAGAGUGAAAAGAUAUCUACAUUUUUACAACAUUUUUUGUAUGUCAUUUUGUCCCUCAACAUUGAACAAUAGACUUAUGUACUUCAAGAUUUACGGUUGUCUGGACAAAGGCAUUGGUAAUUAACUCAAUAACUAUAUGUUCUGAAUUUAUUUUGAAUUGCAACAAGAAAAUCUGAAUUCACAGUGGAGCAAAAUACAGCUCGUGCAUUUC